UGUUUCAAGUACAUUGUUUACGACUAGGAAAAAAGCUGCAUCAACAUCAAGGGAGGCUUCGCUAAUUAAAUCAACCAGUAGUCAAUUGAAAUAAUGAUUAAAGUAAGCAACUAAAUAGAGUAACGCAAAACGCACAAAUAUGCGAGAGCCCAAUUUAUACGUCAUCUUAUCGCACGCGCUAAUUGGCUCGGGUUUCUUUUUUCUGUACAUGCACCAUGUGCGCGUCAUCUUUGAGACACGCACCAAUAUGCGGCAUCUCAGUCAGUUGGAGCGCGAGUCAAUGCUGCGCCGCGAAGAUGCCCUCUAUUACACAUUCUACAAAAAGCUAGCCGAUGGUCCCGACUUUUGGCAUGGCUAUGAGCAAUUAAAAAAUGUCACCGAUAUAGAAUACCCGCACAGUGUCAACGUGCUGCAGCGCUUUAAUGUGCUGCCCGAGAUCGUAACGGCCUAUUUCUUUCAUGUGGUGCGAGCUGGCUUCAAUCCAGGCGUGCAGCCCAUGCAAUUCUACUUUGAGUUUGUCUGGCUAAUGGGCGGCAUCACGUUGCUGGUGCUUUAUCUCUAUGGCACGCUGCUGAGCGAGAACGUCUUUGGCGGCAUUUACGGUGUGCUUUCCUAUUUGAUGUUCCACAGCUUUGCGGCGAAGAUCUAUGAACGGCCGCUGGCACGGGAGAACUUUGCGUUCCCCUUCAUAUUCCUACAAAUGUUCUAUCUUUGCAUUUGCAUAGGUCGUGUGCUGCAUCGACAGAAGCACAGCUCACGCAUUGUCAUGGUGCUGGUGAUGUCCUUGUUCACGGCCUGUGCCCUCGUCUCAUGGCAAUUCUCCAGCUUCAUCUUUGCCACACAAAUCCUCAUUGUGAUGACUACAUGGAACUUUAGCUCAAUGCCCUCGAGUCAGGCGAAUGCAUUCGCUUUGGACUAUUCGCUGUCGCAUUUGUUGGGCAAUUGCCUCGCCUUUAUCGUCUCGCGUGGCAACAGCCAGCUGCUCUUCACCUGGCAAAUGAGCGGAUCCCUGGGUCUGUUUCUCAUCACAGUUGUGCGGAAGGUGCGCAAGCAGCGUGCUGCCAACGAUCAUCAGCAACAGCAGAGCGAUUACCUUUCACUGAAGAUCAUAUUGUUGGCCUUGCUAUUUGCCUGCAGCAUGCAGGCUAAACUGAUGUAUCUGCUGAACAAAUCGGGUAUACUCGAUUGGCCGGACAACUUGGAGAUGCACUACAGCGAUCUGUGGGCCCAUUGGAUGCUCCAGGCCAAGGUGAAUUUUGUCACCAAUCUGUCGGCCUGCAAUCCGCUUUAUGCCCGCAUCGCUUGGUCGGAGCUGUGGCAGCUGGUGAAGACGCUGAUUGUGAAGCCAUAUUGCAUGUACGGUGUCGUCAUGUUGGCCAUGUUCUUUCGCAAGUGGCGUAAAAGCAAUGUGCCCACAUCGGCCAGCCAGGAGCAACGUGAACGUGCCCGCAACUAUGUGCUGGAGGAUUUCCUUGAAGAGCAUCAUGUGUCCAUGAGCGAUAUGUCGAACAAACAAACCGAACAACAGCUGCAGAAGUGCUUUGCCAUGCUCGAGAGCUGUGAUCACGACUAUGAGCGCUACAAGCGUGAGAAAUCCCAGAUGCAAGAGGAACAGCAGCCGGAGCGUGAUGAUUUCAUACAGGACAUCAAACGCUUGAAGGCGCAGAUACAUCGCAACUUUGACAAGCAGCGCAAGGAGCGCGAACAAGCGAGUGAGCUCAAUCAAAAAGACACGCUUGAAACGGAGCAGAAGAGCGCAGAUGAUGAUGCAGCGACAACAACAAAAGCUGAGCAAGCAAGUGAAGCUGAACCAGAACCGGAAACAAUGCCUUCCAAAGCAACGAGCAAAGAUACCAGCAAUGGCAAACGUCGUCCAGCAAGACGCGAUUCCUAUGUGCCCACAGCGAAUGCUCAAAUACUCAAUUUUCACUAUUUGUACAGCUUCAUACAGAUGAUUGUGUUUACCCUGAUUGGCCUCACGGUCCGCAAAUUGUUCUUCCUUAGCUUUACGCAAGGAUGCGUAAUAGCCCCGACGAUAUGCUCGAAGGUGUGGUACCAUCGUCAGCGCAAUAUCUUUUGGUCCGUCUCUCUGGCCGUCAUUCUGCUCAGCAUGUUUGAUCCUGGCAUGAUGAAUAUACGUGAAGAGUACUUUCCCACACGAUAUACGAGUUCCUCAGAUGAUCUAGAGGGCAUGCUUGAGUGGAUCAAAUUGAACACGGAACGCGAUGCUGUAUUUGCCGGUCCAGUUGAGAUUAUCGGCACCGUGCACCUGACCACCAAGCGACCCAUUGUUAACCACGCUCAUCUCGAGAUGCGUCAAAUGGCUGAGCGCACAGAGCACGUGUAUUCGGUGUACAGUCGACAGCAGUCGUCGGAUAUUUAUAAUCAGUGUGCGCAAUUGAAAAUCCAAUACUUGAUCAUAUCGCUAGAUGAGUGCACCAAUGAAGUGCGAGACGACUGUGACAUCUUAUCGAUGUGGGAUGAUAAACAGCCGGCGUUUCGCAAGUAUCCGCAAUUCUGUCACGAACUAUUGAAUAAGAAUGUGCCAAGCUUUUUGAAGGUCUACUCAAAUGAGAACUAUGGCAUUAUCAAGAUGUUCUCUCAAAGUGUGCAGAUCAAUUUGAAGCACAACAAAAUGCCCGAAAUGUCCAUGUGAGACAGACAAUAUGCCCAACUGUACGAUUCCGCUGUGUGUUGUACUUGAUGGUAACUAAGGGCAAAGUUAAAAACAACAGAAAAAAACAAAAAACACAAUGUGACUAGAAUAUUUUAAAAGUAUAAUUCAAUUGUAUUAGUGUUUAGUAGUGAAGACACAAAAGAAACGCCCCACAAACAAAACAAAACAAAAGAAAACAAACAAACACACGCAACACAUCCCUGGCGAAACCAAAAACCAAACAACCAACUGAAAGCUGAAAUACAAUUCCUAUAUUACCAAUCCAA